AUGUAUGCGGAUAUCAGCAAGCCCCCUUCGCCACUGCCAAAGGCCGAGCCACAGUGCAUCGGCGAGGGCAUCACCUUGCUGCCGCCGCUCUCACGCCGAGGCUACGGAAAGGGCCUCGUUAUACUGCAACAUGAUUCGACGCAGCACCUAGAUAUUGUUGAAGGAGUUCCCUCUGCCCUCGUCAAGUGGGCGGAAGAGGGUUUCGUCGUGGUGGAGAUCCAAGCCAAGGCAUUAACUAAUCCGAGUGCUGCCACAGAUGUCUUGCAGACUGCCUUGAGAGCACUGAAAGACUGCAGCAAGUUGGAGAGAGAUACGUUUGACCCAAAGUUAUGGAACCAGGUCACUGGGGUGACCUGCAUCUUUCCAGACAUUGUUGGGGCUGUUGUCUACGCAAAUUCUAGCGAUGAAAGUACCCUCGAGAAACCCAAAAUCCCCAUGCUGUGUCACCUUGCUGGUGGCCAAGCACCACCCGAGGCAAAGAAGACCGAGGGUAUCACGACGUAUCGAUACGCAAAAGCCAAAUCAUUCAGGCUUGCGACGCCAUUUCAUGAAGAUUUUGAUUACUGGUCAGAGUCUCUGUCUCACACCAGAAAUUUGACCUUUCUCAAGCCCCUUAUUGGUGGGCCAUACUUCGAUCUUGAAGCGAUCUGGGAUGAGCAUACGUAUUAUGAGUUCGCGGACCGCUCUGUUGAGCAUACCAUGAGCACAAUGGUUGAUCAACCAUACGUGAACCAUGUUCCAACACUGACUGGUGGCAUCGGACGAGGGUCACUGACACAAUUCUACCGCAACAACUUCAUUUUCAAUAACUCUCAAGACACAGAGCUAGAACUCAUCAGCCGCACACUCGGUAUUGAUCGCGUUGUGGACGAAUUCAUCUACAAGUUCACACAUGACACGGUUGUGGAUUGGCUGUGA